AUGGCGGCGCCAGCGGCGGUAGUGCCGGCGCAGCAGGCGGCCGACGUGGACUACCUUAUAACGAACGUGCUUAUGCCGGUGGACGCCGACGAAGACGGAAAUCCCAUGAACGGUUACGCGCGGUUCACUGUGCGCAUGUCUCGCGGAGUGAUCGAGUCGGUGUCAGCUGCUGCCAGGGAUGGUCAACGCACACACGCACAGCAUAGAGGCAUGGGGCAGAGGAGGUAUUGUGCCUCUGGUGUAUUGGGCAGCAGUACACACGGCAAUAGAGACUGUCAUGACUGGCGGCACAGCCGUGAUGGAUCACCUGUGAGUAUACCUCUCUACCCUUCUCCACCCCUCUCUGCCACUCUUCCCUCCCCCUCUGCUGCUGCUCCACGCCUCUCCAAGCCUCUCCACUCCUCUCCGAUACUUCUGCACCGCAUUAAAACGUACAUCCGAGACCUAUCAGACCUCGAGGCAGCAGUGCGGGCAUACAAGCACGUUGGCAUUCGAGCCUUCAUUGCCCCUAUGCUGGGCGAUUUAGACGUCUCAAUGCCUGCGAGCGCAACGAGAGGGCGAGGGGGGAGGGGGCGUGCCCUUGCAGUACAAGAGAUGGUGCUGCACCCCGUGCUGACAACCCUUCCCCCCCGUUCCUCCCCACUUCUCUCCUCCCCCUUCCCCCAUUACCAGAACUACUUCCCCUUGGUGCCGGACGCCUGCGAGCGCAACGAGAGGGCGAGGCAGGACGGGGUGUGCCCGGGCGCCAUGGGUACUGACGGUUAUUUCAGGGAGCAACUGGCUGAGCGGCAGGAGGCCAACACCGAGAGGGUCCUUUCCCUCUGGAGGGAAGCUGCGCAGAAGUUUCACGACCCAGAGGGCGGCAUCAACAUUGUGAUUGGUCCCGUGCAGAACUGGGGUGCUUCUGACGAGCUGAUCCGGAGGGCAGUGGACAUCCGAAAGGAGUUUGGGCUGUGCGGUCACAUCCACUUGCUGGAAUCACGGAUGCAAAAGCUGCAGAGCCGAUCGCGCUACCCGGACGGCGGGUGUGUGAAGCUUCUGAAAGACAUCGGAUGGCUGUCCCUCCUUGGGACCUCCUGUGCUCACUGCGUGUGGCUGUCUCCUCUCAUAUUCAAUUCCCAGGAGGAGGAGGAGGAGCAAGCCAUCAUGGCGGAGUGUGGGGCAGUGGCCGUGCAUAACCCCGAGGACGAGGAGCAAGCAAUCAUGGCGGAGUGUGGCGCAGUGGCCGUGCACAACCCCGUCUCCAACCUUCGCCUCGGCUCGGGCGUUGCUCCCAUAAGAGCGUACCUCGAUAAGGGCAUAACCGUGGCUAUCGGGUGCGACGGGCAGUGCUCCAACGACUCUCAGGACAUGCUUGAAGCCGUGAAGAUGGCGUGCAUUGUCAACCCUCUCACAACCCCUGAGUAUCGCCACUGGUUGUCCCCGAGGGAGGUGCUCAGAAUGGCAGCAGAGGGAGGGGCGGUCGCAGUGGGCAUGAAAGGGCGGGCGGGUCAAAUCAAGCCCGGCUACGUGGCGGAUGCUGUGCUGGUGGACCUGACUGCCCUCUCCAUGCUGCCUCGAGCCGACCCUGUGGGGCAACUGGUGCUCACCAGACAAAGCCGACCCUGUGGGGCAACUGGUGCUCACCAGACAAAGGUGAGAGGGCAUGGGCGGGUGAGUGAGGUGGCUUGGGUGGAUGAGGCUGUGGUGGAGAGGCAGCAUAGAGGCAGCAUAGACAGCAGUGGCGGAUGCUGUGUUGGAGGACCUGACUGCUCUUUCCUUGCUGCCUCCAGCCGACCCUGUGGGGCAACUGGUGCUCACCAGACAAAGGUACAGAGGGAGGGAGGAAUAUUGAGAAGAUUAUUGGGAGGGCUAAGGUAA